AUGCCCGAUGAUUUAACAAAAUAUAACUUGCUUGAAGAAUUAGUUUUGGAACCUUCAAUUACUUCUUUCGAUGAAAAGUAUGAAAUUCCUGUAGAUUAUUUAAAGAAUGAGUAUUGUGCUUUUCAAUGUAAUAAUAACUGGAUUAUAACUGUUCAAGAAAUAUACCCGUUUAUUAAUUCUGUGACUUUUGAAACAUAUGACAAUUUUUUAUUGGUUAAAAUUUUAUUAAAUAAAAAAUAUACUUUGAUAUUUGAGGUACCUAAAAAAUAA